AACAAGGAAAAACUUUAAAAAAAUAAAAGUCAUCGAAGAAAGAAGAAAAAAACCGUCGGAACAAGUGCAGCACUGAGAAAAGCACAAGCGCCCACAGUUCAGGACCUUUAGGCGCCCGCUGUUAAAGAAACUCCUGAAACCAACCUAAGAAUCUUAGCUUAUAAAAGCAAAAAAAAAAAACCCCUCCUUUAGUCUCUCAUUUCUCUGCUUCCAUUUCUCAACUUCUAGUAAACCCAGAGAACACUUCGAGCUUACGAAGGCAAUGGAUUCAGUAUUUGCCGCCAUUGCUCAAGGCCCCGAAGAUCCUAUUCUAGGGGUGACUGUUGCUUACAACAAGGAUCCAAGCCCGAUUAAGUUGAAUUUAGGCGUUGGUGCUUACAGAACUGAGGAAGGAAAACCCCUGGUUCUAAAUGUAGUUCGAAAAGCGGAGCAGCUUCUUGUUAAUGACCCGUCAAGAGUCAAGGAGUACCUUCCUAUUCUUGGUUUUGCUGAGUUCAAUAAAUUGACUGCUAAACUCAUUCUUGGUGAUGACAGUCCUGCUAUUCAAGAGAACAGAGUGGCUACUGCUCAGUGCUUGUCUGGUACUGGUUCCUUAAGGGUUGGAGCUGAGUUUCUAGCAAAGCAUUAUCACCAACGUACCAUAUACAUUCCACAGCCAACAUGGGGAAACCAUUUAAAAGUGUUCACGAUGGCAGGACUGUCAGUGAAGACUUACCGCUACUAUGAUCCAACAACUCGUGGGCUCCAUUUCCAAGGCUUGCUAGAAGAUCUUGGAGCAGCACCAGCUGGAAGUAUAGUGCUUCUUCAUGCUUGUGCUCAUAACCCAACUGGCGUUGACCCAACUGUUGAGCAAUGGGAGCAGAUCCGGCAGUUGAUAAGAUCUAAAGGGUCAUUGCCUUUCUUUGACAGUGCUUACCAGGGAUUUGCAAGCGGUAGCUUAGAUGCAGAUGCACAGUCUGUUCGCAUGUUUGUUGCAGAUGGCGGGGAAUGCUUCAUAGCUCAGAGUUAUGCAAAAAAUAUGGGACUUUAUGGGGAGCGUGUUGGUGCUCUCAGCAUUGUCUGUAAGGCAGCUGAUGUUGCAAGCAGGGUUGAGAGCCAGUUGAAGCUUGUGAUUAGGCCUAUGUAUUCUAAUCCACCUAUCCAUGGUGCAUCAAUUGCAGCCACCAUUCUCAAGAACAGUGAUAUGUAUAAUGAGUGGAAGAUUGAACUGAAAGCAAUGGCUGAACGGAUUAUUAGCAUGCGCAAACAACUAUUUGAUGCUUUAAGUGCUAGAGGCACUCCAGGUGAUUGGAGUCACAUUAUCAAGCAGAUUGGAAUGUUUACUUUCACAGGGCUGAACAGUGAUCAAGUUGCUUUCAUGACCAAAGAGUACCACAUUUACAUGACAUCUGAUGGGAGGAUUAGUAUGGCAGGUCUCAGUUCCAAGACGGUCCCUCAUCUUGCAGAUGCUAUACAUGCUGCAGUCACCGGUUCCUGUUAGAAACAGGUGUGAGAUUUAUGUUGCCUGUUAGAAACAGGUGUGAGAUUUAUGUUGCAAGGACAUUUGGUUAUAGUCCAUGUAUGUGAUGGUUUUUUCCCCAACCUUUUCAAGCAAAUACUAUGAUUUUCCGUAAUAAACACUUAACUAGAAUGCAAAUUUCAGAUUUUAACCCAAUUUUGAUAUUUUGAUUUCAAUGUAUAACAUUUUGCCAGAGGCAUCGUAAAUGGUAUGCUUGCCAUUGUUAUCAACA